CCUGAAGGGGUUCUUUAGUUAUUACUCGUCUCACUAAAACAAUCUCAAUAUAUCAAUCUCAAUUGUUCAUAAUGUCGUAUGAAUGGCCAUGUGCACGCAUGUUCGAAUGUACAGUCAUCGAAACCUCGAUCAAGUCAACCACAGAUUUAGAAUAGUUCAUUUCACUAGUUCUCUUUUUUCCGAUCUCUCUUUCUCUAGAAACCAGUGCAAAUGGCUGCUUGGCUGGCUGUUGCUCGUCAAGCAGCUUCCGUAACAAGAGGUAGAAUGUCAUCUCAAACAUCGGCAAGUCAAGCUUCAAAGCUAAUCCAACGACGUGGUCUGGCUAGUGGUGAAGAUCACCAGGGGACGACACUAAAGGUGAAAUUGGGGUCGGAAAUAAAAAAUAACGAAAAAGAAGGUCGCGGAGCUCUUUAUUGUUUUGUGUUUUCUUACGCAGCUACUUGGGGAUUAUUUUUCCAUUACAGUCAAACUCCCGCCGAAAGAAGUAAAAGUAACAAAGAGUGGGUCGAAAGAGAAGAACGACAGAAGGAAGAGAUACUUGUUUAGUACUGUCAUUGCCUAUUUACACCGCUACGGCGUUAACGGAUGAUACGUAUUGUCAGUGGUCACACUAGCUAAUUAUUGUAAUUCUUCACACAAAGCACAUAAGCAUCUCAUAGCUCGCACAAAGCAGAAGCUUGAGUUCCGGUUUUUUAUUGCACUUUUAAAAUAAGGCAACGGAGAAGAACUCUCGAGUGAGAGAGUUGAUACUGUUUUAUUCUAAAGCCCUCUGCUGAAUCAGUUUUGUAGUUCUCUCUUCUUGUUGUGAAUCAAAGGCUAAACAUAAAAAUACAGCGUACUGACAUACAGAUGAGCUGAUUCGUAAUUUUAA